CGCUCACAAAGGACACCUCUCGCCGUCCUAGGACUCGGACCCCCCCCCCCAAAAAAGCAUGUCGUUCCCCGGCAGCUCCCCCGCGGCCAACACGUUUCUGGUGGACUCCUUGAUUGGCGCGUGCAGGACGGACGGCUUCUACGGCAACGGCGGCGGCAUGUACGUGCCGCCCGGCGCCGACGUGGGGACUUACGGAAUGCAAACCUGUGGACUCCUGCCGGCGUUCGGCAAGCGAGGGGAGGUCAACCACCAGAACAUGGGCAUGAACGUCCACUCGUACAUACCUCAGCUAGAUAACUGGACCGACCCGAGCCGGUCUUGCAGGCUGGAGCCGCCCGGCCAGAUGUCAAGCUGCACCUUCUCGCAGAGCAUCAAGGAGGAGAGCAACUGCUGCAUGUACUCCGACAAGCGAGCCAAAGUUGCCGCGUCAGACGUCCCCGCGUACUCGAGCAUCCUCCCCGACUCCUGCCCGCUCGACGGUCCCGAGAUCCCGGUCCCGGGCUAUUUCAGACUGAGUCAAACUUACGCCAACGGGAAACACCAGCAGGACUACUGCCACGACGCGCCGCCGGGCAGCCCCAACGGCACCGGCACGCUGAUGCAGCUCAGCCGCGUCCCCCCGAAGUCCCGGUCGUCCUCCUCCUCCUACGCCGGGGCGGACGCCGGCGCGGGAGAGGCGCCGCUGAACGGCGGCCGGACGCCCACCGCGGCCGCCCCCGCCCCCGCGGCCAGUCCGGAUCCGAGGUCGAACGCGGAAGAGAAGAGCCGCUCCGUCGAAGCCCCCGUCUCCAGCCCCGAGCUGCCUCCGAAGGAGGCGAAAGAGCCGCUCUGCAAGGCCGACACGCCGACGAGCAACUGGUUAACCGCCAAGAGCGGGCGAAAGAAGAGGUGCCCCUACACCAAGCACCAGACGCUGGAGCUGGAGAAGGAGUUCCUGUUCAACAUGUAUCUGACGCGAGAGCGCCGCCUAGAGAUCAGCAAGAGCGUCAACCUGACGGACAGGCAGGUCAAGAUCUGGUUCCAGAACCGCAGGAUGAAACUUAAGAAAAUGAGCAGGGAAAACCGCAUCCGAGAACUCACCUCCAGUCUCACCUUUUCGUGAGCGCGCAUGCGCGCCGCCGCCGCCCCCCCCCCCUCGCCGACGACUCUCCAGUUUAACGCAGAAGCAGCAUCGGACGUUUCAGCCCUCAAUCUCACGGAAACUGUGACUGUAUGCCAUUGUUUUUGUUUUGUCCUGUUUUUUGUUUUUGUUUUGUUAUUUUGUAUAAUUUGGUGCGGUGUUGUGUACUUUUUGUAUUGUUUCGGUUUAAUUUUAUCACAGGGUAAACACUUCAAAGUCUUAAAUUAUUGGGGUACACGUCGACGUAACGUUGUCCACUUCCCAGCAGAAGACAUUGCUAUAGGUAUGCUGUCGUGUCUCGAGAAGAUGUUGCCACGGCGACCAGCCUUUAAAAGAUAGACAAGAGUCGCGGGCGUGAAAGCACAUGGAGUGUCGUGCGCGUGUGGCAGAGGUGCUCCCGCGUGCGUGCGUGCGUGCAGGCCAGCCAGCCAGCACGUGUCCAGAGAGCCCCCGUGCGUGGUGGCGUCCAGCAAUGUUAAUCUGUGAAAAAAUACUGCAUGUUUGUGGCAUGUAUCCUGCAAUAAAUAGAUUGUC